AGGAUAAACAGUGUUGCUGCUCAGAAGACACCUUGAGCUCACUGCUCGUCUUGAGCAUUGAUGGGCAUGUCUAAUUAAGAGUGCUCUUUGAUUGAACUUGGAUUAGCCUCAGAUCCACCUACCCAGAUUUCAUGUUAUAUAGGCUGAGCCACAUCAGGUUUUGAAUGACUGACAUCUUCCCUCUCUGCAUUGGGAGCCAAUUCCUUCAGGAUUGUGACAAACCGGUAUUUCGGGUCCCCCUGGCAACCACAGUAUCCUAUCUCCUGAGGAUUGUGCGUCUCCAGGACGGAGGAGAACUGGCUUCUGAAUGGAAAUUUUGAGAAUCAGAGAGGGCUGGUGAUCUCUCAGACGCUUGGUCAGUAGCUGGGAGCCCUUGCUGCUGGUGUGGGAGCCCUGGACAGAGGCGAAUGUGCAAAGGAAAAGUCCAAGGGCAGAACAGAAGAAACAAAGGCCCCUAAGUUUGUGCAGCCAAGAAAACAACAGAAAACAAAGGAUUCCACCUUGUCCUCCAGGAUCCAAUGGCCUUGGAGAGAGGGCUGCAGGGCCCACGGAUACUAUUAACUCUUCCAAACGUGCUGACAUGGAGCCAGUCCACCCAGUCGUGAGUGCGGCAAGGACCCAGUUGGUGGAUGUGGAGGAGCGAGAGCCAGAAGCCAUGGACGUGAAGGAGAGGAAGCCUUACCGCUCGCUGACCCGGCGCCGCGACGCAGAGCGCCGCUACACCAGCUCUUCUGCUGACAGCGAGGAGGGCAAAGCCCCGCAGAAGUCCUACAGCUCCAGUGAGACCCUGAAGGCCUAUGACCAGGACGCCCGCCUUGCCUACAGUGGCCGCGUCAAGGACAUGGUGCCGCAGGAGGCUGAGGAGUUCUGCCGCACAGGCACCAAUUUCACCCUGCGAGAGCUGGGACUGGGGGAAGUGACGCCCCCUCAUGGGACCCUCUACCGAACAGAUAUCGGCCUCCCCCACUGUGGUUACUCCAUGGGGGCCAGUUCUGAUGCUGACAUGGAAGCCGACACUGUGCUGUCCCCUGAACACCCUGUGCGGCUAUGGGGCCGGAGCACACGGUCAGGGCGCAGCUCCUGCCUGUCCAGCCGAGCCAACUCCAACCUCACACUCACCGACACAGAGCAUGAGAACACAGAAACCGGUGCUCCCUUGCAUUGUUCAUCCGCUUCUUCAACCCCUAUUGAGCAGUCCCCCUCCCCGCCCCCUUCCCCUCCGGCCAAUGAGAGCCAGAGGCGGUUGCUAGGCAACGGUGUGGCCCAGCCAACCCCGGACUCAGACUCUGAGGAAGAGUUUGUCCCUAAUUCAUUCUUAGUUAAAAGUGGCUCCGCCAGCCUGGGGGUCGCAGCAAACGAUCACCCAGGAGGCCUGCAGAACCACCCUCGGCUCAGGACUCCACCGCCACCGCUCUCCCAUGCCCACACCCCCAACCAGCACCACGCAGCCUCCAUCAACUCUCUGAAUCGGGGCAACUUCACUCCGAGGAGCAACCCCAGCCCCGCCCCCACGGACCACUCCCUCUCUGGAGAGCCCCCUGCAGGCGGCGCCCAGGAGCCCGCCCACGCCCAGGACAACUGGCUGCUCAACAGCAACAUCCCGCUGGAGACCAGAAACCUAGGCAAGCAGCCAUUCCUAGGGACAUUGCAGGACAACCUCAUUGAGAUGGACAUUCUCAGCGCCUCCCGCCAUGAUGGGGCUUACGGUGACGGGCACUUCCUCUUCAAGCCUGGAGGCACCUCCCCACUCUUCUGCACCACAUCUCCAGGGUACCCACUGACGUCCAGCACCGUGUACUCACCCCCGCCCCGCCCCCUGCCCCGCAGCACCUUCAGCCGGCCAGCCUUCAACCUCAAGAAGCCCUCCAAGUACUGCAACUGGAAGUGCGCAGCCCUGAGUGCCAUCGUCAUCUCGGCCACACUGGUCAUCCUGCUGGCGUACUUUGUGGCCAUGCACCUGUUUGGCCUAAACUGGCACCUGCAGCCGAUGGAGGGGCAGAUGUAUGAGAUCACGGAGGACACAGCCAGCAGUUGGCCUGUGCCAACGGACGUCUCCCUGUAUCCCUCAGGGGGCACUGGCUUAGAGACCCCUGACAGGAAAGGCAAAGGAGCCACAGAAGGAAAACCCAGUAGUUUCUUUCCAGAGGACAGUUUUAUAGACUCUGGAGAAAUCGAUGUGGGGAGACGGGUUUCCCAGAAGAUUCCUCCUGGUACUUUCUGGAGAUCUCAGGUGUUCAUAGACCACCCUGUGCAUCUGAAGUUCAAUGUGUCUCUGGGAAAGGCAGCUCUGGUCGGCAUUUAUGGCAGAAAAGGCCUUCCUCCUUCACAUACUCAGUUUGACUUUGUGGAGCUGCUGGAUGGAAGGAGGCUCCUGACCCAGGAGGCACGGAGUCUGGAAGGACCCCAACGCCAGUCUCGUGGUGUCGUUCCCCCCUCCAGCCACGAGACUGGGUUCAUCCAGUAUCUGGACUCAGGAAUCUGGCACUUGGCCUUUUACAAUGACGGGAAAGAGUCUGAAGUCGUCUCCUUUCUCACCACUGCCAUUGAAUCAGUGGACAACUGCCCCAGCAACUGCUAUGGCAAUGGUGACUGCAUCUCGGGGACCUGCCACUGCUUCCUGGGGUUUCUAGGCCCCGACUGUGGCAGAGCCUCCUGCCCUGUGCUCUGUAGCGGAAAUGGCCAGUACAUGAAGGGCAGGUGCCUGUGCCACAGCGGCUGGAAGGGUGCCGAGUGCGAUGUGCCCACCAACCAGUGUAUCGACGUGGCCUGCAGCAACCAUGGCACCUGCAUCAUGGGCACCUGCAUCUGCAACCCUGGUUACAAGGGCGAGAGCUGCGAGGAAGUGGACUGCAUGGACCCCACGUGUUCAGGCCGCGGUGUCUGCGUGAGAGGCGAGUGCCACUGCUCUGUGGGAUGGGGAGGCACCAACUGCGAGACACCCAGGGCCACCUGCUUGGACCAGUGCUCAGGCCAUGGGACCUUCCUCCCAGACACCGGGCUUUGCAGCUGUGACCCAAGCUGGACUGGACAUGACUGUUCUAUCGAGAUCUGUGCUGCCGACUGUGGUGGCCAUGGCGUCUGCGUGGGGGGCACCUGUCGCUGCGAGGAUGGCUGGAUGGGGGCAGCGUGUGACCAGCGAGCCUGCCACCCGCGCUGUGCCGAGCAUGGGACCUGCCGCGACGGCAAGUGCGAGUGCAGUCCUGGGUGGAACGGCGAGCACUGCACCAUCGCUCACUAUCUGGAUAGGGUAGUUAAAGAAGGUUGUCCUGGGUUGUGCAAUGGCAACGGCAGAUGUACCUUGGACCUGAAUGGGUGGCACUGCGUCUGCCAGCUGGGCUGGAGAGGAGCAGGCUGUGACACUUCCAUGGAAACCGCCUGUGGAGACAGCAAAGACAACGAUGGAGAUGGCUUGGUGGACUGCAUGGACCCUGACUGCUGCCUCCAGCCCCUCUGUCAUGUCAACCCGCUGUGCCUGGGCUCCCCUGACCCUCUGGACAUCAUCCAGGAGACACAGGCCCCUGUGUCCCAGCAGAACCUACACUCCUUCUAUGACCGCAUCAAGUUCCUCGUGGGCAGGGACAGCACACACGUCAUCCCUGGGGAGAACCCCUUUGAUGGAGGGCAUGCAUGUGUCAUCCGUGGUCAAGUAAUGACAUCAGAUGGGACCCCACUUGUUGGUGUGAACAUCAGUUUCGUCAAUAACCCGCUCUUUGGGUAUACAAUCAGCAGGCAAGAUGGCAGCUUUGACUUGGUCACGAAUGGUGGUGUCUCCAUCAUCCUGCGGUUUGAGCGGGCGCCUUUCAUCACACAGGAGCACACCCUUUGGCUGCCAUGGGAUCGCUUCUUUGUCAUGGAAACCAUCAUCAUGCGGCAUGAAGAGAAUGAGAUUCCCAGCUGCGACCUGAGCAACUUCGCCCGCCCCAACCCUAUUGUGUCUCCAUCCCCGUUGACGUCCUUUGCCAGCUCCUGUGCAGAGAAAGGCCCCAUUGUGCCAGAAAUUCAGGCUCUGCAAGAGGAAAUCGCCAUCUCUGGUUGCAAGAUGAGGUUGAGCUACCUGAGCAGCCGCACCCCGGGCUACAAAUCUGUCCUGAGGAUCAGCCUCACCCACCCCACCAUCCCCUUUAACCUCAUGAAGGUCCACCUCAUGGUGGCGGUGGAGGGCCGCCUCUUCAGGAAGUGGUUUGCUGCAGCCCCGGACCUGUCCUACUAUUUCAUGUGGGACAAGACAGACGUCUACAACCAGAAGGUGCUUGGGCUCUCAGAAGCCUUCGUUUCUGUGGGUUAUGAGUAUGAAUCCUGCCCAGAUCUGAUCCUAUGGGAAAAAAGAACAGCAGUGCUGCAGGGCUAUGAAAUUGAUGCAUCCAAGCUUGGAGGAUGGAGCCUGGAUAAACAUCAUGCCCUCAACAUCCAAAGUGGAAUCCUGCACAAAGGGAAUGGGGAAAACCAGUUUGUGUCUCAGCAGCCACCAGUCAUUGGCAGCAUCAUGGGCAACGGGCGCCGGAGAAGCAUCUCCUGCCCCAGCUGCAAUGGCCUUGCAGAUGGCAACAAGCUCCUGGCCCCCGUGGCCCUCACCUGUGGCUCUGAUGGAAGCCUCUAUGUGGGUGACUUCAACUACAUCCGUAGGAUCUUCCCCUCUGGAAAUGUCACCAACAUCCUGGAGCUGAGAAAUAAAGAUUUCAGACAUAGUCACAGCCCAGCACAUAAAUACUACCUGACCACAGACCCCAUGAGUGGGGCCGUCUUCCUUUCUGACACCAACAGCCGGCGGGUCUUCAAGAUCAAGUCCACCAUGGUGGUGAAGGACCUUGUCAAGAACUCCGAGGUGGUGGCAGGGACUGGGGACCAGUGCCUCCCCUUUGAUGACUCUCGCUGUGGGGACGGAGGGAAGGCCACAGAAGCCACACUCACCAAUCCCAGGGGCAUUACAGUGGACAAGUUUGGGCUGAUUUACUUUGUGGAUGGCACCAUGAUCAGACGCAUUGAUCAGAAUGGGAUCAUAUCCACCCUGCUGGGCUCCAAUGACCUCACAUCAGCUCGGCCCCUCAGCUGUGACUCUGUCAUGGAUAUUUCUCAGGUUCGCCUGGAGUGGCCCACAGACUUAGCCAUCAACCCGAUGGACAACUCUCUUUAUGUCCUUGACAACAAUGUAGUCCUGCAAAUCUCUGAAAAUCACCAGGUACGCAUUGUCGCCGGGAGGCCCAUGCACUGCCAGGUUCCCGGCAUCGACCACUUCCUGCUGAGCAAGGUGGCCAUCCAUGCAACCCUGGAGUCAGCCACUGCUUUGGCUGUUUCACACAAUGGGGUCCUAUAUAUUGCUGAGACUGAUGAGAAAAAGAUCAACCGCAUCAGGCAGGUCACCACUAGUGGAGAGAUCUCCCUAGUUGCUGGGGCCCCCAGUGGCUGUGACUGUAAAAACGAUGCCAACUGUGAUUGCUUCUCUGGAGACGAUGGUUACGCCAAGGAUGCAAAGCUGAACACCCCGUCUUCCUUGGCUGUGUGUGCUGAUGGGGAGCUCUAUGUGGCCGACCUUGGGAAUAUUCGAAUUCGGUUCAUCAGGAAGAACAAGCCUUUCCUCAACACCCAGAACAUGUAUGAGCUGUCCUCCCCCAUCGACCAGGAGCUCUACCUGUUUGAUACCAGUGGCAAGCAUCUGUAUACUCAAAGCCUGCCCACAGGAGACUACCUUUACAACUUCACCUACACUGGGGAUGGUGACGUCACUCUCAUUACAGACAACAACGGCAACAUGGUUAACGUACGCCGAGAUUCUACUGGGAUGCCUCUCUGGUUGGUGGUCCCAGAUGGCCAGGUAUACUGGGUGACCAUGGGUACCAACAGUGCACUCAAAAGUGUGACCACACAAGGACACGAGCUGGCCAUGAUGACAUACCAUGGCAACUCUGGCCUUCUGGCGACCAAAAGCAAUGAAAAUGGAUGGACAACCUUUUAUGAGUAUGACAGCUUUGGCCGCCUGACAAAUGUGACCUUCCCUACGGGCCAGGUGAGCAGUUUUCGAAGUGACACAGACAGCUCGGUGCAUGUCCAGGUAGAGACCUCCAGCAAGGAUGAUGUCACCAUAACCACCAACCUGUCUGCCUCAGGUGCCUUUUACACACUGCUGCAAGACCAAGUCCGGAACAGCUACUACAUCGGGGCCGAUGGCUCUCUGCGACUGCUGCUGGCCAAUGGCAUGGAGGUGGCACUGCAGACUGAGCCCCACCUGCUCGCUGGUACUGUCAACCCCACGGUGGGCAAAAGGAAUGUCACGCUGCCCAUUGACAAUGGCCUCAACCUGGUGGAGUGGCGGCAGCGCAAGGAGCAGGCUCGAGGCCAGGUCACCGUCUUCGGGCGCCGGCUGCGGGUUCACAACCGGAAUCUCCUGUCUCUGGACUUCGACCGUGUAACACGCACAGAGAAGAUCUAUGAUGACCACCGCAAGUUCACCCUUCGGAUCCUGUAUGACCAGGCAGGGAGGCCCAGCCUCUGGUCACCCAGCAGCAGGCUGAAUGGCGUCAAUGUAACAUACUCCCAUGGGGGCCACAUUGCCGGCAUCCAGAGAGGCAUCAUGUCUGAGCGAAUGGAAUAUGACCAGGCGGGUCGGAUCACAUCCAGGAUCUUUGCUGAUGGGAAAACAUGGAGCUACACAUACUUAGAGAAGUCCAUGGUGCUGCUUCUGCACAGUCAGAGGCAGUACAUCUUUGAGUUCGACAAGAACGACCGCCUCUCUUCCGUGACAAUGCCCAAUGUGGCCCGGCAGACACUAGAGACCAUUCGUUCAGUGGGCUACUACAGGAACAUCUACCAGCCCCCUGAAGGCAACGCCUCCGUCAUACAGGACUUCACCGAGGAUGGACACCUGCUCCACACCUACUACCUGGGCACCGGCCGCAGAGUGAUAUACAAGUACGGCAAGCUGUCGAAGCUGGCUGAGACACUGUACGACACCACCAAGGUGAGCUUCACCUAUGAUGAGACUGCAGGCAUGCUGAAAACCAUCAACCUACAGAAUGAGGGCUUCACCUGCACCAUCCGCUACCGUCAGAUCGGGCCCCUGAUCGACCGGCAGAUCUUCCGCUUCACCGAGGAGGGCAUGGUCAACGCCCGUUUUGAUUACAACUAUGACAACAGUUUCCGAGUGACCAGCAUGCAGGCUGUGAUCAACGAGACCCCGCUGCCCAUUGAUCUCUAUCGCUACGAUGAUGUGUCAGGCAAGACAGAGCAGUUUGGGAAGUUUGGUGUCAUCUACUAUGACAUCAACCAGAUCAUUACCACAGCGGUCAUGACCCACACCAAGCAUUUUGAUGCCUAUGGCAGGAUGAAGGAAGUGCAGUAUGAGAUUUUCCGCUCGCUCAUGUACUGGAUGACAGUCCAGUAUGACAACAUGGGGCGAGUGGUGAAGAAGGAGCUGAAGGUGGGACCCUACGCCAACACUACCCGCUACUCCUAUGAGUAUGAUGCCGACGGCCAGCUGCAGACAGUCUCCAUCAAUGACAAGCCACUCUGGCGCUAUAGCUAUGACCUCAAUGGGAACCUGCACUUGCUGAGUCCUGGGAACAGUGCACGGCUAACCCCACUACGGUAUGACCUCCGUGACCGCAUCACCAGGCUGGGUGAUGUGCAAUACAAGAUGGAUGAGGACGGCUUCCUGAGGCAGCGGGGUGGAGACAUCUUUGAGUACAACUCAGCUGGCCUGCUCAUCAAGGCCUACAACCGGGCUGGUGGCUGGAGCGUGAGGUACCGCUAUGAUGGCCUGGGUCGGCGGGUGUCCAGCAAGAGCAGCCACAGUCACCACCUACAGUUCUUCUAUGCAGACCUGACCAACCCCACCAAGGUCACCCACCUCUACAACCACUCCAGCUCUGAGAUCACAUCCCUCUACUACGACCUGCAAGGACACCUCUUUGCCAUGGAGCUGAGCAGUGGUGACGAGUUUUAUAUCGCUUGUGACAACAUCGGGACCCCUCUUGCUGUCUUCAGUGGAACAGGCUUGAUGAUCAAGCAGAUCCUGUACACGGCCUAUGGGGAGAUCUACAUGGACACCAACCCCAACUUCCAGAUCAUCAUCGGCUACCAUGGAGGCCUUUAUGAUCCACUCACCAAGCUCGUCCACAUGGGCCGACGGGAUUACGAUGUGCUGGCUGGACGCUGGACUAGCCCAGACCACGAGCUGUGGAAGCACCUCAGCAGCAGCAACAUCAUGCCUUUUAAUCUCUAUAUGUUUAAAAACAACAACCCUAUCAGCAACUCUCAGGACAUCAAGUGCUUCAUGACAGAUGUCAACAGCUGGCUGCUCACCUUUGGAUUCCAGCUGCAUAACGUGAUCCCUGGAUAUCCCAAACCAGACAUGGAUGCCAUGGAGCCAUCCUAUGAGCUCGUGCAUACACAGAUGAAAACCCAGGAGUGGGACAACAGCAAGUCUAUCCUUGGGGUACAAUGUGAAGUGCAGAAGCAGCUCAAGGCCUUCGUCACCUUAGAACGCUUUGAUCAGCUCUAUGGCUCCACAAUCACCAGCUGCCAGCAGGCCCCCGAGACAAAGAAGUUUGCAUCCAGUGGCUCAGUCUUUGGCAAGGGGGUCAAGUUUGCCUUGAAGGAUGGUCGAGUGACCACAGACAUCAUCAGUGUGGCCAACGAGGAUGGACGGAGGGUUGCUGCCAUCUUAAACAAUGCCCACUACCUAGAGAACCUGCACUUCACCAUUGACGGGGUGGACACCCACUACUUUGUGAAACCAGGGCCUUCAGAAGGUGACCUGGCCAUCCUGGGCCUCAGUGGGGGACGGCGAACCCUGGAGAAUGGGGUCAAUGUCACCGUGUCCCAGAUCAAUACCAUGCUUAAUGGCAGGACUAGACGCUACACAGACAUCCAGCUCCAGUACGGGGCACUGUGCUUGAACACCCGCUAUGGGACGACGUUGGACGAAGAGAAGGCGCGGGUGCUUGAGCUCGCCCGGCAGAGAGCUGUGCGCCAGGCUUGGGCCCGAGAGCAGCAGAGACUGCGGGAAGGGGAGGAGGGCCUGCGGGCCUGGACAGAGGGGGAGAAGCAGCAGGUGCUGAACACAGGGCGGGUGCAAGGCUACGACGGCUUCUUCGUGAUCUCUGUCGAGCAGUACCCAGAACUAUCGGACAGCUCCAACAAUAUCCAUUUCAUGAGACAGAGCGAGAUGGGCCGAAGGUGACAGAGAGGACCAAGGCCUGGACUUCUUGCCAAAGACAGCUACUCUUUUGUGGCCACAUACCUGACUGUGUUGUACUUUAAAAAAACAAAAAUCCUUUUUUUAACAAGUGCAGAAAACAAACAAAAAGAUACUGGUUGCAUUGUUAAUUCAUGCAACAUUCUUUUUUUUUAAGAAAAGAAAAAGACACAAAUUUGGCCUUCACACAUUUUUUGCAAAGAACAGAAGGUUUUUUUCUUUUUCUGUAGUGUGAUCACAAUGAAAACUCUGUCUUUUGUUCCCCUUAUCCUUGAGGAAUUUUUCCUGUUGUUCGGGGUAUGUUUCUUCUCUCUUUGGGGCACACAUCUAGAGUGUGUCCUCGUCUGUCCCUAGGUACCCAGUGUGAUGUGAGACAUGAGUGUCUGUGCUAAGGUGUCUCAUGUGCACCCCUUUCUUCUUUGACAGGGGGUUGUGCAGGAGUGAGGGUGCAGAGUGUAAUGGGCCUGGAGGAACUCAGGAGCUUUUGCUGGGCUCCUGCAGGGGACUGGUGGCUUUUUACUCACUGUGUUUUGUACCUCCAGAGGACCACAGAUGGUUACAUCUUGCUCUGGAAAAUGUCAUGAUGUUGUUCAGCACCUUUUCAAGCUGCCCCAAACUCCUGUCCAGGCUUUAUAUUUUAAUGCUAAAUGAAACCCUCUUCCCCUUUUGCAAAUUUCGUGUAGUUGUUGGUGCCACCCCCAUACUGGGAUAGAGAACACGUCUCCCCACUCCUUCCCCCAGUCUGGUAACAUAACAUCCUGGGGCUAUGAGCCCCAUCCUCUCCAAGAGGUGACAGCACCCAGGAUGUCUGUGAUUGGUUGAUCCUCCAUGAUGUCCCUUGCUCAUCUCCUCCUAUCUCCCAAAGCCAGAUGUGAGAACCAGCACUGCACAGUGAGCCCUCCAUGGGGGCACCAUUUCCAGGGAGGGGAAAGAAACCCUCUCCCCUUGACUUCAGGUAUCUUCCUUCCAUUGUUCAGCUGCCACUCCUGAGAAAUAGGCAUGUGGAGAGAGGUGCUUGGUGGCCUUUGAUCCUGGAAAGAUGCAUAAGAAAAAAAAAGUCAGCCAAAGAGAGGACUCGGCAAAGGCCUGAGCCAGGAAUCCUUCUAACCAGCUCGGAAGUCUCCUCUGCCUCCCUUGUGUAGACCAUCCCAAAGCUGGGGUGCAGCAGCCUGGGCAUCCAGGAAAUUCCCUCUAGAGAAGCCCUGCUAGGGUUUUUGUUGUUGUUGUUUGGUUUGGGGCUAGGGUUUUUGUUGUUGUUGUUGUUGUUAUUGUUGUUUUGUUUUUUAAGAUAAGGGAGAGAGAGCUAAUUGGGUGUGAUCUGUCGGUGUCAUUCAAUCCCACCAGGAUCAGGGACAGUUUCUAAGACCAGUACACAUAUUAGGAGGCCAGUCUGACAUGGUUCCCUUGGAGACCUAGGAAGGGACCCUGAGCAGGUGCAGCCCACAGCUGGAGGGCUGCCCAGCAGGACGCAGCAGCCAGCAGGCCAAGGGAAGGGAGGAGGGCAGAGGAAGGUAACAGCAUGAGCUGGAAGCUCCUUGUUCAAGGAUUCCAUUCCUGGUGCAUCUGCCUAAUUACCAUUGUCAUUACCACUCACAGGAGGCUCUGGGAGACAGGAGGGGAAGCCAAAUGCUUCCUUUUGAGCUGGAAUUCUUAGAAAAUGGGACUUUCAUGGGUUACAUUUACAUUAAGUGUGGAGAAUGAGUUCUGAGUCAGCUAUUCCCGUGGAAACCUUGUUGGACUGAUAAGCUCAUGGCACCUUUAUAGCCUUAUUCACAGAGUCUUCAGAAUAUGAAAUGAGUUCAUGAAACCAAGAAGGGCUCUUACUGCAUGAGAAUUGGAGCAACAUGUAGCUUGGGUUCUGCCUGGCAGAGGGAGGCAUCCAAAGCUUCUCGAGGAGGGGAUAUCUCGCCUUACGUCAUCCCACUGGGAUAAGAGGAUGUGUUUCGCUAAGUGCUCUUCCUGUUUCCAAAAAAAAGUCACACUGCCUCAACAGUGUGCUAUGGCCUGUUUGUCCACUGGUGGCCCAUCAUCUCUGGAUCCAGAGCUCUGCCAAAUCAGAUUUGCUGUUUCUCAGGUCCACUGUGUGUGGCAUGAGCUGGCGAUUGGGGCUCCCAUCUGACAGGAUUGUUCUUGGAUGGGAUGGAAAGCAGUUUGACCUAAAGAACACAAGUUUUUGUUUUUGUUUUUGUUUAAUCCAAAAGAGACUUAUGCCGCUCAAAAUUGUACUCUUGCUGUAAGGAGCCCUUGGCAAAGCUCUCCUGCCUAUUGACCUAGUUGGCCAGUCCCAUCCUGGCUGCCUGACAUCAUCAAGACCUGCUGUGGAUGUCUUCUUGGGGCCAAGACAGCAUGUGGCUCAAGGGAAUCAUCUUCCUAUUCCUCCCUAGCCUCUGUCCCUCUUCAGUUGCCCGCCCCCAAGAGAAUAGAGUAGACUUUUAAGGAUCAAAAACACAAAAUUAUUGGGUAUUAUUUUAUUUAAGGGAAUGAUCCCAUACUUUCCCUGGGCUACACACCACCAAGGAGGCACAGCUUCUGGGGGGAGGAGUGGUGAGGACAAGUGGAAGCAUCCCAAAGCUUUAGAGAAGGAGCUUAUCUGCAAGGUGGGCAGUGCCAGGUAUCUCCAUUUCACACUGGUGCUGUCAUGUUGGAGCAGGUGCUAUGGCCUUGGCCCAUUUGAGCUCAUUUCCACUGGGGCUGGCAGGUGACUCCAGGCCUCACCUUUUGGUCUGUCCUCCCACUUAGAUCACCAGUCCCAAUCCCAUACCAAGGAUGAAUUUGAAAGCAUAAGCAGAGUUCCUGUGCCUACGUAGUAUGUUCUAAUCAAUAAAUCCCAUCACUCUUGGUACUGAUCAACCAAAAUCUGUCCAUUCGAUAACAUGACCAGGCCUCCCACACUGGCCCAGGUCAUGAUUCUGCAAGAGGUUGGCUUCUGACCCUGGAAGAAGAUUUAGUUUUGAAUAGUUCCUGCCUUCUCCACAACUGCCAAUCAGCCCCUCAUCUUUUGUUCCUCUGCCACUACCUUAAAUAAGACCUUACAAAUUCUCCAACUUGUCUUUCAUACAGUGAGAGUUCCUUUGUACCCACCCUCCACACAGACAUCCCUGGAGGCAGAGCAGUGACAGAAGGAGAAAGGCAAGGAACUCCAGGGUAAACCACACUUUGACAGCCCCCGACACUUGGUUCAAAAUGACUCACUGGGAACCAUUCAAAGACCUCACCAGGGCCUGGCUUCUACUUAGGGAUGGAAGGUCUGAAAUAAUCCCCAAGAAACUGACUGGAGGUUGAGAAUGGCCAGAAGGUGUGCUUCCAAAUAAUCAGGGUGGGCUGGGUCUUGGGCACAGAGGAUGGAGAGGCAAGGGAGGUAAGCUGGGCCGUGUGCCAUAGACACUGAAAGAGGAACCCCAGUUCUUUAAAAAACCAGAAAAACCGUUUUCAUUGUAACUUUUAAGUCACCUUUAAAGAUGGCAGAGAUCUUCAUUCUGCAAAGACAGGGCUUUUGAUGUGAAAUCUUAGAAUACACUUUUACCAUUUGCAGCAGCCACAUGCGAGAACAGUGAUGCUAAGAUUUGUGGCCACUGGUCCUCAGCAGGGACCCAAGCUUUGGUGUUUGAUCACCAGAGUCUAUUAUCCAUUCCUCACAGCAGCUACUCAGCCAAGAAGGUGACUCCUGGUCCCAGUUGAGGGGGCCUGCUGCCUGAGGGGUCCCAGAAGGAACCCAGUCUCUCCUUUCCCUUGGGCUCCGCUCUCGGACUGAAAGCUCUCCAUUUGAGGCACAUCAUUCCCAGCUAGAUUCAUGCACCUGUCUAUAUUUUAUUGGAGGGGAGGGAAUAUUUAAAAAAAAAAAAAAAAGAACUCU